CGAAGGAUGAAUUAUAUUCUACAUCAAAUUAGUUGAAAAUAUUACUGAAAUACUUUUCCAGGUUAUUGUGCUAAAUAACUAAAGUAGGGUUUGAUCUCAAAGAAUUACUAAUAUGUUGCAGCUGAGCCAUUACGUCAGACAUAUAAGGAUGUGGAAAGCGUUGCUGGACAGGGCUCUCCAUCUGCAUCAGGACCUCCUUCGCUUCAAUGAGCUCUAUGAGCACAUCAUGCUGCUUGUGCUCCUGAUGAACACUGCAACACAAGUGGCAAUGACAUUUGAAGGACUUGCACCAGCUUGGGUUUAUGAAACCCUGGAGGCAAUCUUCUUGGCUUUUUAUAUGAUGGAGUGCGUGUUAAAUCUCAUAGGUUUUGGCUUAGAAUACUUCAAAAGCCUGUGGAAUAUUCUAGAUUUCUCAGUCACUUUGGUAGGGUUGGUAGACCUCUUUCUGGACAGCAAACAGUAUGAUAGUGGGCGUUUAACCACUUUUUUCCACCUCCUUAAAAUGUUCAAAGUAUGUCGAGCGUUCAGGAUCUUACGCACCCUGCGAUUUUUCAGUGGUCCCAAGGUCAUCAUGAAAGUAAUAGGAAAGUCUUUGAAGAUGAAUGGAAUCAUCUUCGUGCUCAUGUUUUGCAUCUUCGUCAUGUUUUCCAUUCUUUUCCGACAAAACUUAAGCAAGUCCGACCCAAAGCGAUUUGGUUCCAUGCUCAAUACCAUGUCUACACUCCUCCAGCUGUUGACACUUGAUGAUUGGAUUAGCGUCUAUUACACCAGUCGAGACAAUGGUGCACCCGAUGUUAUCAUCUUCAUCGUCUUGUACAUUUUGACUGAAUACUACAUCCUUUUAAGUCUGAUCUAUGCAGUGACGGUGGACACCAUCCUCAGCAACAGAAAGAACAUGGUUGAGGAACAGCCGCCGCCGAUCGAGACGACAGAGCAAAUCAGUGGUGAGCUGACUGACGACCAGACGACCAAGGUUGCCUUCUCAGAAAACAAUUUCAAUGAAGGGAAGAACAUUCGGCUGGAACACUGUUUGAGAAUUCUGGAAGCUCUGGAGAAGAAUCAGCAGUUGUUUCGGAAACAAACCAAUUACCUUUACAGGCUGAUUGAGAGCACUGAAAUGGGACCUUCCUUUUACCAUAGAAAGGAAGCAGAUGAGGAUGAAGAUGAGGAUGAGCAACAUGACAGCCAGUGAGAAGAUGGUCUCAAUAUAAUUUAGUACAUGUGUAAUAUAUUCUUUAUCUCCAUUAUAAUAUAGCAUGUGAGUGUAUAUAUAUUAUUUAUCUCCAUUAAAAUAUAGCAUAUGUGUAUAUACUCCUUAUCACCAUUAAAAUAUAGUAUAUGUGUGUCCAUAUAUUCUUUUUUAGUAUAUAUGGGAUUUUGAAAAUUGUGUUUAUAUAACAGUUAAUGUGACUGAAUUUGUGUGUUUGAAAUAAUUAAAAAUAAUCUGUUCUAUUUGUGUUUAGUAAGUUAAUGAGAUUAAAAUCAUCUGUUUGAAAUGAUCAAAAGUAGUCAGUUCUGUUUGUGUUUGUUCUCCUCUUUUGGCCUAAUGUAACGUUUUGCACAAAAUAGCUCAAAUAUCCCCUAAUGUUAAACCUGGUCUUUCUGGAUCUUUAUACAUAAUAAAAAUAGUUCAUCUAAUGAACAAAGUUCAUUCAUUUCCAAAAAUGCUCAGUUUUUCUUCCGCUGGCUUUUUCAUUUAGAUGGUUAAAUGUGUGUUUGUGUGUGUAUCUUUCAUGGCUCUCCAAACAGGAAAUGCUGUCAACGGAGAGCUUGUGUUUAUGCGAGUGAUGAGCGUUUAGCGUGUUUGCUGCUCUACAUCAGUAUGUGGGAAGCAUUGAUUUCAAGAGAGUCAGCAUCAUUCAUAUAUAUCUUCACAAUAUCUUA